AUGCAAGGAAGGAUGUUUCCGGGCAGCAACGUUGUCAGACGUUGCCCCCCCCCCCCCCCGUUCUCCAAGUUAUCCGAAACCGGCCCAACGAUAAGAGCGAAGAUGGCAAUCAGUUCUUCUCAGUCGAUUCUACGGUCUCACGGUGACGGAGACUCAAGGUCGGACUAG